AUGUGCAUAGCUUCCCUACACGGCUUGGUUCGUAUACUGGAGUUUGACAACCCGUUUUACAUUCGAUGCGGUUUCAGAGCGCCGAUCAGCAGUGGACAGAAUGACGAACAGAAUGAGAAGGUCAACGCGAAUGUCGCGCCGUUUGGUAAGGAGUAA